AUGCUGGGGCCCAUUGACGGUGUCAGCUCAAAAAAGCCAACAAAACCACUAUGUGAUAAUAUAUUCGACGUACAACGAAGCGAGCUAUUUGAAGUGCUGGAGAGCUUGAGACAUAGUUUUUGGAACGACAAUAUAGCUACUGAACCAGCACCUACACCAGUUCAACGGCCCCAAUUUGCUGCUCCUGUGGAGGAAUCGCCAAUGUCACCCUCUAAACGUGUUCGAGAAUCUGAUGAUGAUGAUUACAAUGACGACUAUAAUAAUAUGAGCGAGAGUGAGACUAGGCCCUCCAUAGUAUCAAAGAAGCGCGCACGAUUAACCACACCACAAGCCGUUGAAGCAUCUCCGUUACGAAAGCAAAAGCCAGCAAACCGACGCACUCCACCAUCUACCAGUUCAUUACGAGCAUACACAUCACUAUGGCAAGCCAAGCAAACACUCAUCAGAAAGAUCAAAAGCGUGCAUUGUCAAGAGUCAGACGUAAUAACUGCAUUGACGCAAUUCUAUGAAACAAAACCGAACGACCAAUGUCGACACAUAUCAAUCUAUCUGCUGCCUGUAGCUGAGGCAAUGCGUCGAAAAGGAAUUGUGGAUGCGCUCCAGAAGUGGGCGUGA